AUGACUGAAUUCGACACUGCAGGCCACAUCCUUUCGGACCUCCACAAAGCGCCAUGUCGUAGCGCCAUGACCAGCGUGCUGCAGCAGCUGGACAACCUCGAGGGCUCGAGCGCGGGCGGCGGCAGCGCGGACGCCAUCUCUCAGCUGUUCGCCAAGUGUCGGCCGCGCAGCGACGUCAACCUGAACCCGGUGGUGUCGCCCGUGACGGCUGCAUCGACGGCGGCGGCGGCGGCUGCAGCGGCGGCGGCGGCGGCGGCUGCGACGACGACGACGGGCGGCGGAGGCGGCGCCUGCAGCGACGACGAUGGCCGCAACGACAACGUGGUGGUGGCUGGAGCCGGCGGCGGCUUGGGCGCGGGCGCGGGGCUCGCAGGCCGGGGCGCCCUGGGGCUCGCCUCGCUGGUGAUGGAGCCCUCCGCCAACAGCAGCGGCAGCGACUCUGACAGGUGCGCGUCGGGCCGCGCGGGCGACGCGGACGCGGGCUGCUGCGACGAGCGCGACGACGACGAGGACGACUCGUCGGACGACGGCGACCGGGACGACGACGACGACGACGACGAGGACCUGGUGAUCGACCACACGGGCGCGCCGGCGACGGGCUCCGCCCCUGGCGGCGGCUGCGGCGCCGGGAACGGCGUGGGCGGCGGUGAGCGGACCCGGCGCUUGCGCGUGUAUGCCCGCGCGCAAUGA